AUGGCCUCGUCCAAUCGCGCGUUUCUUCUCGGCGUUCUAGCCCUUGCGUCGGCUCAGAGAGUAACUGGCCAAAUUUCGUUUCAUCAGCUGUAUAAGCAAGGCGCUUUCGGCAUUCCGGACCAGCCAAUUGCUGCACCGUUGCAGGCUGCGAAAGCACCAGCGAAGGGAGUACCCGAAGUUCCACAUCCCAUGCUCACGUGUCCUCCGGGAUUCGUUCUCAAUGGUGAGAUGUGCCAAGGUCCCGAAUAUGCCGAAGCCAUUUCUUCGUGUCGACGGAAAGGCGAGGUAUUCCAGGACGGAGCGUGCGUCUUCAUGGAAGAGCUGAAGCCCUUUGCGAGAUGUCCUGACGGCUCCCAAGGCGACGGAAAGAAGUGCUAUGCUCCCAGAAUUGGACCACCGGAGCCUUUCUGUCCAGAUAACUACGUAAUUUCACCGGAUGGGAAGGCUUGCAUCAGGGACAAUGUGACCAAGCCUCAGCAGGUUUGCCCCGACGGGCACAUGCUGAAGAAGGGCGCCUGCUUCAAGGAAACGCGCUACCCAGCAGUUCCAAGCUGCCCAGCUGGAUACCAACUCGUGACGGAAGGGAAACUAUCGUGUGUGGCGCUUGACCAAGUUCCACUCGAAGCGCUGUGCAAGGACAGAGGGUUUGUUUUGCAGGGCGGCAACUGUGUAAAGGAGGCUACGCGUCCACCGGCCGUAACGUGCCCGUCGAAAGAAUACAAGGAAGAAGACGGCAUGUGUAUCCGCCGAGAUACAAUGCCCGCAGUGGUGGACUGCCAGCAGGGCGUGCCGGGCAAGAAGGGUUGCGUUAUAGUUACGGAAGUGCCUGCCGUUCCAACAUGCAAGAAAGAUUUUGUACUCGAGAACAAUAUCUGCAAGCGAGUUGAAAGCAGACCAGCUGUGAUGAAUUGCCCACCUGGGCACAAAAUGAAAGACGGCAUGUGCGCCCUUGCAGAGCUCCUAGAGCCGCAGUUUAAAUGCCCUGAAGGAACUGUGAUGAAAGAUAAGCAUUGCAUCCAGGCAGUAUUUGCACCAGCAGAAGCCACGUGCGAGAAGGGAGCGGAGCUCAUCAACGGCCAAUGCGUCCUCACCGAAACCCGUCCUCCUCGAAUGGAUUGUCCCAAAGGGCAAUGUACAAAUGAGCUGCGAGGGAUCCCGGAAAUGGUGUGUCCUCCGGGUGCUCAGCUGGAAGGGAAGCACUGCUUGGUCUUUCACGCCGAGCCGGUUGAGGCAGUUUGCAGAAAAGGAGGUCAUCCGCCAGGACCUGACGGCUGCAGGCGCAUCGACACUUCCGAGCCAGUUCUGGUGUGCCCCUCCGGCUGGAAGCUCUUCAGCGGAUCUUGCGUGAAGGACGAAGACGCAGAGUAUCAGACGAUUUGCCCCCCUGGAAUGGUCCUCACAGGGAAGCCUGCGUAUAGUCAACAACAGUGCGAGGGAGAGAGGCGUUUUAAGCCUGAGCUUGUGUGCCCGAAAGCCUUCAACAUUGGCGGAGACGGUUCGUGUGUUCAGGUGGAAAUCCAUGAGCCGGUCCCCACGUGUCCACCUGGUCACUUCAUUUCCAAUGGCGUCUGCUUGUCUGCUCCUGCUCAGAAGCACCAUUUUGCUUAA